AGCGCUGGCGCUUUGCGGGCAAAAGUGUCUUCGUGCGGACCCGAGUAGGAGAGCCCGGCGGAAAGCGUCCCUCCGCCUCGUUGGCCGUGGCCUGUUUCCAUUUCUCGCCUCCCCGCGGCUGCCCGUCCCCCACCCAGCAUGAAAGCCAUCAGCCCGGUGCGGUCCGUCCGGAGCUGCUACGAAGCCGUGUGCUGCGUCUCGGAUCAGAGCCUCGCCAUCGGCCGGGGCACCAGUAACAAGAGUCCGGCUCUGGAGGAGCCGAUGAGCAUCCUCUACGACAUGAACGACUGCUACUCCAAGCUGCGCGAGCUGGUCCCGGGCAUUCCGCAAGGCAGUAAAGUCAGCCAGGUGGAGAUCUUGCAACACGUCAUCGAUUACAUCUUCGAUCUCCAGAUCGUGCUGGAGGAGCAGGCGAAGAAGGGGCAGGAUCCCUCGGCCGAGGCUUCUCUGCUCUCGUUAAAAGCGGCCGAACUUGCAUCGGAACUCUGUUCAAAGGAUGAGCGAAACCUUUGCCACCACUAAUGUCUUAACAGGCUGCAGGUGUGGGAUCCUGACACUUGGUUCUCUCCAGUGAAAGAAGGGGGAAAAAAAGAAGGAAAAAUAGACCUUGACUGGAGGAAGAAUCAGCUGUUUGAAACCGUGCAUCCAUAAUGGACAGACCUCCGCCUUUAUCUUCCAGAUAAACUGUGGAACGUGGUUACCCAAGGCAAUUUCAAACUUGACUGGGUCUUCCAAUAACAACUUUUUUUUUUUUUUUUU